AUGGCUCUACCAUCAGAAUCCAGCCCAAAAGCUGAAGCCGUAGAUGAAGAUACAAUUGUGGUCAAGCAGGAACCAUCACUUUCUGCAUCUCGUGAGCCUGAGAUGAGUUUGCUUCGCACCGGCACCAUCAAGGAUGAGCAUGCUGACAGCGCCUCCAAUUCACCUUCGCUCCUGCCUACAAAGCUGAAAUCUAGCCGCUCUUCGUCUUCUACAUCCAUCAAAUCACGAGCUACAUCAGAAUCGUCUGUCGACAAAAAGGACAUUAAAGACAAAGUGGGUGGCGAAAUCUCCCAGAAAAUGGAAACAGCUCAACCGCCAAAAAUAGCCCGUUCGGCGCCAAACAAGGUGGUAUCUAGAGUUGCCCCUCUGUAUGAUGCUCUGCCAGAUGCUACGAUGGAGGCAAAGAGCUCAUUCACAGUGAUUGAAUCUUGCACCUAUUCUAACAAAUUUCUUGGAUACACUGAGCAUGCUAUGGAGUGUGACUGCUCGGAAGAGUGGAAUUCGUCCACCAAGCGCAACUAUGCCUGUGGAGAAGAUUCCGACUGCAUCAAUAGGGCCACAAAAAUGGAGUGUGUCGGAGAUUGCGGGUGCGGCUCCGACUGCCAGAACCAACGUUUCCAGCAACGACAAUACGCAAAAGUCUCUGUAAUCCAAACCGAAAAGAAAGGUUAUGGCCUCAGAGCAGAUGCUAAUAUUCGAGCCGGUGGCUUCAUUUGGGAGUAUGUUGGUGAAGUCAUCAACGAGCCUCAAUUUCGCCGACGCAUGGUCCAGUAUGACGACGAAGGGAUCAAGCACUUCUAUUUCAUGUCCCUCAGCAAAGGCGAAUUCGUCGAUGCAACUAAGAAAGGUAAUUUGGGGCGAUUCUGCAAUCAUUCGUGCAACCCGAAUUGCUAUGUCGACAAAUGGGUGGUUGGCGACAAACUCCGGAUGGGCAUUUUUGCCGAGAAGAACAUCAAAGCCGGCGAAGAAUUGGUUUUCAACUACAAUGUCGACCGCUAUGGAGCCAACCCACAACCAUGCUAUUGUGGAGAGCCCAACUGCACCGGAUUCAUCGGUGGAAAGACUCAAACCGAGCGUGCCACAAAGUUGUCUGCUGCCACCAUCGAGGCUCUUGGCAUUGACGAUGCAGAUGGAUGGGAUACUACUGUCGCAAAGAAACCUCGCAAGAAGAAGACCGGUGAGGAUGAUGAAGAUUAUGUCGAGAGUGUGGAGGCCAAGUCGCUUGAUGCAGAUGGCGUUACCAAGGUCAUGGCUGCCCUCAUGCAGUGCAAGGAAAAAUGGAUUGCUGUCAAGCUGCUGGAGCGUGUUCAGAGAUGCGAGGACGAGCAAGUACGAAAUCGUGUCGUCAAGAUGCAUGGCUACCAGAUCCUUAACUCUCAACUCGCCGCAUGGAAAGAUGAUGCCAACGUCGUCCUGCAAAUUCUUGAUAUCCUCGACCAAUUCCCUCGCCUAACACGCAACAAAAUUAUCGACUCUAAGAUCGAAACCACUCUGCAAACAUUUGCGCGAAAUGACGAUGAACGAGUAGCCGCACAGUCUGCUCGCCUUUUGGAUGAAUGGUCAAAGCUUGAAGUCGCUUACAGGAUUCCACGAAAGAAGCGUGAUCCCACCGAAACUUCCACAUCUGUCAAGCCCGAGCCAAAUCAAUAUGAGCGAAGAGAAUCAACUCAGGAACGGAAGCGAUCUCGCUCUAGGUCUAAGUCGAGAUCACCUCCUCGUGGCCCAUCGGUGGCUUCCGCUCCCUCAGGUCCUCGCUCCAGCCUUCUUCAGCGCAACAAUUUCUACCCUCGUCCCCGCCCACCCCCAUUCAAUCCAUUGCCCCGUGGCUGGCAACAAGCCGUUGCUGAUGGCAGAACUUACUACUACUCUUCAGAAGGCAAGACUCAAUGGACACGACCAACCGCUGCAGCUGCUCAGCCACCACCUCCUCCAAAAGCACCCUCGAAUCAAGAUGUCCUUAAGAGUAUCAUCGAUAAUAUAGUCACUGCGAAAGAGAAAGAACGAGAGGCUAAGAAUGCUACACCCGACACUCCGCAGGCGGUGGUGAAGGAGAAGAAGGACAAGAAGGCAGAAAAGUGGCGAUCAUACGACGAAGACAAGAAGAAGAAGCUGUACAAAACGGCGCUUCAUCCUUCCAUCUCGUACAUCAUGAACAAGUACAAGAGCAAGCUGCCGCGCGAUGACCUCAAGCGAUUUGCAAAAGAGAUCGCAGACAAGCUCGCCAAUUCUGAUUUCAAGUCCGGACGUGUUGAAGACCCAACGAAGAUCGAUGAAAAACACGAGAAAAAGGUCAAGAAAUAUUGUAAGGAAUUUUUUGACAAGGCUGCUUACAAGCAUCGCAAACUUGAGAAGGAGAGGGCAGCUCGAAAGCAAAAGCCUGAGACAUCAAAGCAAAAUGGCACAGCAGCUGACGAGACAAGUUCUCCUGUUUUAAAUCUUGAUGCUUCACCUGACAUCAAGAGGGAAGGCAACAGCGACGAUGAUGAUGUCAAAAUGUCAGAGGAUGACGACGAGACCCCAACGCCUCCCACUCCCUCAGCUGCGCUGAAUGGUAGUGGUUCGAAACGCAAAAGGGACGGGGGCGAUGAAGAGGAAUUCAAAGCUGACAGCGAUAUAUCAAAGUCGCCCAUCAAGCGCAUGAAGUCAGAAUCGCCUUGCGCACAAACCCCACCACCCGCCCCAACUAUGGAUACUUCUCUAAUGCACACUGGACACUCGUCCCCUGCUGGAAGGAAUGGCGAUAUUUCUAAGCGAAAGAGAGAGGACGACGAUGACGAAUACUGUAAAGCCCGAACAGACAUUUCGAGGUCGCCGGCCAAGCGGAUCAGGUCGGACUCUCCACCAACUUCUAUAGCUGCAACGAACGGAAAUCAUCACAAGCGGGGCAGGGAUGAAGACGCGGAAGAAGGAAACAAUGCCCGUAGCGAUGCAUCGAAGUCGCCAGCCAAGCGAUUGAAGUCAGAUUCUCCACCACCACCACCUCCUCCCCCACCACCCGGCCCACCUGUCGAUACUCCUCCGAUGCAAUCUCAAGGCGCAUCGCCUAGUGAGACAACGAACCCAUUCCAUGCUGACACUUCAUUCGCGGAGAAGACGAUGGCAGAUGUGCUCGCCGAAGCACAACAAGAUCCUGGUGAUGGUGACGAUGUUGGCGACCUUUCCUUGCAAGACGCGAACGAUAGCGGGGCUAGAUCGCUUGCGAGGGCGGGAGCUCGUGUAGGCGUCGAUGAUGAGGACGACCUCUCCAAUGGGCCAUCUCCACCUGGUUCCCCACCACAUUUUCCGAUUGAUUACGACAAUAAAGUCGCAUCAUCUUCACGUCCGUGGCCCGACGAACUCACAAUCGAAUCUACAUCUCGCUCACCAGAGAAGCGUUCUCCGCGACCUGAUGCGAUCACGGCACACUUGUGA